AUGUAUAUUCCUCACUCUUCUCCAAUAUUGCUAAUAAUAAUACCAACAAUUUUGUUGUUUCUAUCACAAAAGACACAAGCAUUAUUUCAACAUGGGAGAUUUUCAACAAGCGCCUUGUAUAAUGUGCCUGUUGGCCUUGACGAAAUUCAAGGAACUGUAGUUGCCUUUGCGGAUUUCAAUUCAGAUAAAUAUACAGAUGUCUUUGUUUUGAGCGAAAACCAAACCGUCGUGAAUGUUUAUACUUGGCAUCACAAAAAUUGGAGAUUUGAAAAAUCAGAGGCUCAAAUUACUAUUAAAGAAUUUCUGAUAACGAAUAUUUUGCCCGGUGAUUUUAAUUAUGAUGGAAAAUUGGAUGUGCUGGUUAUGGGACAAAGAUAUAAAGCAGACAAAGAACUUUUUAUGCGUGUUUACUUGGGGAAUGGAGACGAUGCUUUUGAUGAAAAUUAUCUUCUAAUCCCUUCGGCAAAAACAUCCCAACCAAUUCCAUUUGAUUAUAGCGGAAAUAUGACUACUGAUUUACUUGGUUACAUGUAUGAGAAUAAUGAUGAAUCGAAAUUAUCGUUGUGGAAGAAUCUGUAUGGAUCUGAAGUGCAGACUGGGGAUUUAUUCGAGGUAUCACCAAUAGCACUAAACGAAACUGACACUAAAAUGUGUAAAUGGGCAGAACCUCAUUCUAAUGCGUUUGUAGACUUGAAUGAUUUAUUUGUAACAUGUCAAGAAAAUUCUAAUAGUCCAGUCACAUUUCAAAUUUGGACUAAUUCCAAACAGAAUGGGUUUGAAUUUAGUCGUGCUGGUGAAUUACCUAAAGGAGCGGGUCAAGUUUCUUUUGCCGAUAUGGACGGUGAUGGUACAAUUGAUAUGGUCUUUCCAGUCUGCACCAAAAAUCGUUGUGAAAUCCAUGUCACCUACAACAAACAAAUUCCACUUUGCUCAAAAGAGACCAGCAAAAAGUGUCGGCAGUCUGCAAAUUUAUGCGUCGCUGAUGAUAAUUUCCAGUUUGAUUUAGAAGCUGAUGAUUCUAAUAUUGCAUAUUCGUUUGACGAAACAAUAAAGAUUUUAGAUUCUGGAUUUAAAGGAACUUUGCCGGUACCAAUUCGUAUAGGUGACUAUAAUCUCGACGGUUAUCCUGAUCUUCUUGUGAUAAGUGAUUCUGGUCAUGUAUCAUUGUUACAAUCGAUUCCAUGUAACGAAAAUUGCUCAAAACCUGCUGUUGCGGCGCAACGACGCACAUUCUCAAAAGUAUUUGCUGGCGCGAAAAUUUUGAAUUCGAUAAAUAAAGCCACUGCGGCUGCGUUUUUGGAUCUUGAUGAAGAUGGAACCCUAGAUAUAAUGGUGCUAGAGUCUACAUCGAAUUCAGAUUCAACAGCUCGAAAUAAACCAUUCGGUGUUAAUUAUCCUGGCGCGACAUUUAAAUUUACUGUACUUGACACCUCAGGACAUAAGAGAGCUAAUCAAGUCGCUCAAUAUUCACAAGCAGGAUACGUCUCCUUACAAGCACCGUACUCUCUUUUUGGGCUCGGUCGUACCAAUAAUUAUGUAGAAGAGCUUUUUGUGGGGACGACACGAAAUCAAUCACGUCAUUACAGUAGUUUUUCUGGAGUCAUUCCUAAUUCUCAACUUAUCAUAGUCCCAUAUCAGCCAUCUGGUGUAAAUAAUCCAAGCACUUGGUCAAUAAAACUUUACAUUCAUCCGGGAGAUUGGAUUCCAUGGGUACUAUUGACUUUAGUCUCGGCGACUGUUAUUCUGGCAGUCGUUGUAUUUGGAUUAAAUUGGGCUGAGAAGAGAGAAGACGAACUGGAGAAACAAAAAGCCUUACACGUUAUAAACUUCGAUGCUUUGUGA